UUCGAGUUUAACCUCACAUUUUUUCAAACGUGUUUAUGUUUACACGUUCUCUACAAGAAAAACUCGAUAAAAUGGAAGAAACAAUUAAAGUAGGAGACUGUGUCAUCGUACAAAGGCAAAAUUACACGAAAUUACACAAAUUGAAGGCGCACGGCACGAUGCAACUGGGCAGUUUUAUUAUAGAAAUGGAUAAUAUAGUGGGUGAGAAAUAUUUCGAUACUUUUCAAAUAAAAAAUGUGCCAAAUACGAGAAGGAACUACACCCUGGAAAAAAUCGAGGAUCUCUCCUUAAUCAACUCGAAUUUAACUGUUGAGCAGUCGGGUAGCGAUAAUAGGAACAUAAAGGCCGACGACAACAACCAAGUUAUGUCUAGCGAAGAGAUAAAUAAAUUGAAGGACGAAGAACUAUCGUCCAACAACAUUGUCGAAAAGCUGAUUUCGAACUCGAAGACGUUCAGUGAGAAAACCGAAUUCAGUCAGGAGAAAUACAUCAAGAAGAAGGCUAAGAAAUACUUUGAAUACGUAGAGAUCCGACGACCGAGCGUAAGGUUAUUAUCUCAAAUGUUCUUCAGGCAGGAACCGGCCAAAAUAUUAGGAAUAAGAACAGACGAUUUAUCCCAAAUACUGACCUACUCGAACAUCCAAUCUGAAGGGACCCAUAUUUUGUAUGAUAGUGGCACAUCUGGACUCAUGUCGGCAGCUUUAAUGGAAACUAUUGGGGCGAACACGGAUGGUAAACUAAUCCACAUGCAUCCGGGAAAUGAAUGCCAGAAGGUAGCUUUUCUCGCUAUGGAAUUUCCGGAGGAACAAGCUAAAAGAUGUAUCAACGUGAAUCUGUACUCUGUGUUGAGGCAUUUUCACCAAGGAAAAUCGGAACUGGAGCUCAAAGAGGAAGGCGAUGCAGAAAUGAAGGAUAUAACUGAAAAUAACGAUAAAAUGGAAACUGAAGCAACGGUCGAACCUGAUCCUAAGAGGAGGAAGGUGUAUAAACCGGUCUGGCAGGUGGAGAACGAAGAGGCCUGUCAGUUGUUGAAACAAGGGGUUCAUUCUAUAGUGAUAACCGCGAAAGAACAUCCAGUUAACAUUGUGGACGCUCUAGAACCUUUCCUCUUACCGAGCAGGAACUUGGUUGUGUUUUCUACCGUACGCGAACCUUUACAAGACCUCUAUUUCCACUUGAAAAGUAAAAACUACUUGGCUGUUAAGUUAACCACGAACUUUAUGAGAAAUUAUCAAGUUUUGCCCGAACGGACUCAUCCCGAAGUCAAUAUGACCAACGGUGGAUACUUGUUAACGGCUAUAAAGGUUGAGAAGUGAAAAUCAGGGAGUUUACAGAUGUAAGUAAUUUUUUAUCGAAUAAGUGGAUCGUUCAAUUUUUAUCUCUGUUGAGACGAGUUUUUGAGGACUUAUUAUACUGAAAAUAAUAUUGACAAUAUAUCAAACACGAAAAGCA